AGGCCAACGGAGACGACGAGCUGUCGACCGAGAACUGAAAGUUCUGUUGCGAUCAUGUCGAACGCAGGAAAAGCGCAACCGGCGGCCGCCACGGAGAGCGCAAACUGGCGCUUGCUAGCCUGCCACAAUUUCGUUUCCCAAGACGUGUUCGUCACCCAGGACAGGGACAUCGCAGCCAUGUGCGCGGCUCGGGACAAACUCCUCAUCGCCACAUUCAGGAUGAGCGUGGAGGUUCGCGAUCUCAACUCGAAAGGAUUGCUGCUAUUUGCGUUCCCGACCACCGACCAGGCCGUAAUGAUUGACUACUGCGAAGGGGCCAACUUUGUCUUGUCUUUGGAGAAAACAAUGACGCGGUCCGUGGACGUGUUUCACGUGCGUGCAUACUUCAACUGGUGGGUCGAGCCUUGCAACCAGGUCCCAAAAAUGAGGGAGGCUGGAUCCGAACCGGAGAGCAACGACAGUGCUGCUGGUAGGCGCCUAGAAAUAGUCGAAUUGCCGGCGAAGAGGCACGGUCUGUCUUGCGUGGCUUGUUGCCGUCAGUCGGGCACGACUCUUGUCGCAGCCGGCCGUACCGUCAGCGUGUUUGUUCUCAAGACUGCGUACGACAAGUCAAAGAAACAGGUGUACAACGACUUUGAACGGCUGAUGCAGCUUGAGAUUGGCUUUGAGCUGAACAGCGUUCACGUGUGCGAGGAUCAUGUAGCCUGUUGUUCCAACAGCGAGGUCCUCGUCAUCCAGAUUAGGCAGGAGUCCGAAGCAAUUAAAAGCUCAGACACCCCAGAAGCCACGACUACUGGCAGCCAAAAGAAGAAGCAGGUGGCGAUGAACAUUCCAGAAGGUGACACCAUUCUGGACGACCCAAACUACGUCCAGUUGAGAUUUGAAUCCGACGAAUCUACAGAGUGGGUUAACGCGAGUUGGGAGCAGGAAUUGAAAACUGUCCUGCAUCCUUUGUGCUUUCCAGUAGAACUCACCCUCAAGCCAACGGGCAAGACCCGCAAAAAAGAUUUGGAGGACUCGGACGUGAUUGUCCUUGGGCCCAGGGUAAAUCCCCCGGACAUUUGCAAGGUUGCCAUCACUGUUGAUCCCGAUACCGACCUCGUUUCCUCGCACGAAGUCUCUACCAUUGUGUUACUGUACAGGUAUUUCAACAAAGACAGUGGACCUGUGAUGGCGUUCCAUUGGAUGCCAUAUUAUGUCAAUGACAGCAUGGCGCACCCUCUCACAGAAGCUAUGUCAAAUGCCCCAAAGACUGCUUCGUUUGUCCUUCAUUCCAGAAUUUUCACAAAGCUGAAAACAUUGGCCUGCCUGGUCUCAUCGGGAAAGCGUGGCUAUCUGUACAGGUUGAAUGACGUUCCACAGCUUGUGAGCAUCUACAGGUACUCCAAGGAAGCAAAGAGUGUAGCGGUUGACACAAUCUUUCUCCACGCACUAACCCCUGCGGGGCUGGAAACCUACACUGUUCCCAUUUUGUAUGAGUCGAAGGAACUUGUUGAUGCACGCAGAACCCCGCCGGGAAAACCGACAGUGAUGGUUGGCUUACGACCAUUCCUAGGUCUGAAGACAUUGCUCAUGUCAGACCAGCAUGUAGUCAUGGCUUCGGCCGCAGGUGACGGCACAGCAGCGAGUCAGGAGGCGAUGGAGCCGUCUUGCACACUGUAUUCUCUAAUGAAACCUUCCGUGGAUCAGUUCUUUUUAGAUCUCAAAGAGGCUGCAAGCAUGCGCAAAGAUGAUGACCUGCUGUCGUACAUAAAUGCUGUAAGGCACGGGUUCCGCCUUCUAAAUCUCAGCAUCGCACUCAAGGGCCGGUAUUCCUGCAGUUCUGAAUUGCUUUCAGUGUACUCUGAUGCGUGUUGCAUUCUAGGGGACACUUUCCUGAAAAGUGAUUUAUCUGCUGAAAGAGAGAGCGCUGCAUUGUUUUACAGCUUGUCGGAGGAGUGUAUUGAAACAAUCGUUAAUAGAAUACUCUUUUUCAAAGGCCUUGUAAACAAAGCUCACUUGGAUAAGACUGUUGCGCAGUACACCAGAAUGGUUUGUGAGCAAUCCGCUGUAGUGUCAACCAAGAAGUUGGUGUCCAUGUCGCCCACCCUAGCAGACACUAUACUCGAAAUAUUCUCGGAAGUGUGUCCAGAAUACUUGCACAAGCUUGUCCUGUGUACGUCAUUUGUGGCCUUCAGGUCAGAGAAAGCACUGACCCUGUUGAAGAGAAAUUUGUUUGACAGGCGACAAAGUCAGGGCCAAGCUGCGGACAGCUUGGCAUGUGUGCAGUUGCUGCUCCAAAGUGGGAAUGCUGAGGCAAGUAAAGCCAUGCUGAAGACUCUUUCCAAGGAGUUCCUGAUGCCCGUGCUUUUGGAAAUGCACGAGCUUGUGCACAGGAACCAGGUCCUCACGCCACUGGGCGAGCUCAUCAAGGCCGCCAGGCCCGAUGUUUACUUUUCCAUGCUGGUGCACCUGAAGAACAACGGAACCAUGGCACCGGAGCAGAUUGUCCUGAUCCUCCAGCACUCUGCAAGCCCUCAGGCUGAGCCCCACUGUGUCCCGAUGCUGAGAGAGUUCUUGGAAGCUAUGCUUUCAAGCAAGCGUACCAAUGCCCAGGCAUAUCCUCACCUCCUCAUGACACUCAUCAGGGCCUACGUGGGCAAAAUGGCACCCUACAGUGGUUCAGGAAGUCCCCAGCAGACGCCGGUGCAGCUGGUUCACACGAAGCCAGCCACCCUGUUUGGGAACCGAGCAUCUUGGCUUAUGGAACUGCCCCCAUUCUUGGGGCGGACAGUCACGAAGACCUGCAACCAGUACUCGACCACAAUAAACCUCGCUGAGUGCUGCAUCUGUUCCAACUGUUGGGACGAGCUGCUGCGGAUGCAGUCACUCCUGUGCUCAGACCUGCUGCCUGCCUCGCUCCGACCGCAAGUUCUCGAGCUUCUAGAACAGUCAUCGCUCUUAGAGUCUGAGAACUAUGUGUCUCUCAAGGUCCUUUGCUUGCCUCCCGCCAAGGCACUUGCGCUGCUCCUCAAUUCGUAUCCGGUGGCAGUAUUGGAAUUCAUGAUGCACAAGUUCCCAGAAGACAGUGGAGAGUGGGUCUCCCUGUACACGUCUGUGAGCAUGAAGCUGCAAGCGGCUAGCAAGAAAAAGAAAGUGGGCAUUUACAAAAGCAUCAUGGAUGGUGCGCUGUCUUACCUGAGCCAAGCGCUGACGCCGGAGCAGCUUGUUGAUCUUCUUCCUCCUGGCAAGCAAGAGUACGCAGAAUAUGUGAAACAGUGCAUGGAACGAUACCAAGCAAAGCUUUUGAGAGAGAAGAUUGUCGCACUUGGGACAGAGCUGAAGGACAUGAUGUAAUUAUUAAGCGAAUUAAUGUUUUGCAAAUUUUUUAUAUUUAUUUGUUUUGUUCUAUCUGUGCUAAUUGUAUUAAUAUCUUCUAACUACUGUGUAUUGUGCAAUGGGUGCUGUAAAAUGUUGUUCAAUGGCUGCACCUCGUAGGUAAAGAAAAUUAUAGUGGUAAUCGAAAUAAACCUUUAUUUAAUAAACCUAAG